AUGCAUAAAUAUCCGCUACGAUUGGUGACAGGAAGCGAAUAUAACCAAUGUCAACAACGAGAUCCGAUGUUUCGACGACACUGCAUUGUGGCGACAAUACUGGAAACCAGCGAGUGGGUGCUGUUCAUCGAUGCUGAUAUCGGUGUUGUGAAUCCAACAAGAUUGAUCGAAGAAUACGUGGAUACUCGCUACGACAUUACAUUUUACGACCGAUUCUGUAGUUGGGAAAUAGCAAUGGGAUCGUAUUUGGUGAAAAACACACCAUUCUCACGAUCGUUUCUUCGAGAUUUUGCCGAUUAUGAAUCUAAGCUACCGGAUUCUUUUCAUGGAAGCGAUAACGGUGCCAUUCAUGCUUAUAUUCUCGAAACACUGGCCUCGGAUUAUCGUCCCGAAGCCAAAGUGUGCUAUUCAAUUUGGAGUCGAUCGAACAGCUAUAUUGAUCUGUUCCUUUUUGAGGCAUGCAUUCGUUCAGUUUUAGGAUCACAACGAAUCUUUGACAAGGUUCGAAUCUUACGGAAGGGAACUGGUUGGGUUCGUGAUAUUUGGAUCACGAAGAGUAAGUGGAAUUCGGAGCGUGAUUUCAUGUUGCAUGGAAUGAAGGAAAGUGAUCGAUCUUCGCUUCCGGAAGGAAUUUUCGAGACGUUGAGGUAG